GCUCGGGGAAUGACAUCACCUGUGAGAGUGUCUGGAGCCCGGGAGGGAGCCGGAGCCGCAGUGUCCCCCGCGCGCCCGCCCGCCCCCUCCUCCGCGCAGCAUCCUCAGCCGGGAGCCGAGCGGGUCCGGGGGAGGAGGGGGCUGCCCGGGAUUAAGGCGCCUCCUCCGGCCGGACGGCGGGCGAGGAUGUGAGCGGGCAGCCCAGCCGGCAGGUGCUGACGUCCCUUUGGAGGCUCUGUGAGUUUCGCUGAACUGGGGCCUUCCUGGCUGGGUUGGGAGGUCAUUGCCAAGAAUGAGGAUCCUUUGCAGCCCGGGAAUGUCUUCGCUGGUCCCGCUCGUGAACCUCCUCUCCUUGCUUCUGACUGGCUGCGUGUCUGAAAGUCCCCCUGAGUUCAUUAAAAAACCAGUGGACCAAAUUGGCGUGUCAGGAGGUGUGGCUUCUUUUGUAUGCCAAGCAACGGGGGAUCCCAAGCCCCGGGUCACCUGGAACAAGAAGGGGAAGAAAGUGAACUCGCAGAGAUUUGAGACCAUUGAAUUUGACGAGAGCGCGGGUGCUGUCCUGAGGAUCCAGCCCCUCCGGACUCCCAGGGACGAGAAUGUCUACGAGUGCGUCGCCCAGAAUGCUCACGGGGAGAUCACCGUCCAUGCUAAGCUCACCGUUCUCCGAGAAGACCAGCUGCCCUCUGGCUUCCCAAACAUUGACAUGGGACCCCAGCUGAAGGUGGUCGAGCGCACGCGGACGGCCACCAUGCUGUGCGCAGCCAGCGGGAACCCAGACCCGGAGAUUACAUGGUUCAAAGAUUUCCUGCCCGUCGACCCAAGCGCCAGUAAUGGAAGGAUAAAGCAGCUGAGAUCAGAGACCUUUGAAGGUACUCCAAUCCGAGGUGGCCUGCAGAUUGAGAGCAGUGAAGAGACUGAUCAGGGGAAGUAUGAAUGUGUGGCCAGCAACAGCGCCGGGGUGCGCUACUCUUCACCUGCUAACCUUUACGUGAGAGAGCUACGAGAAGUUCGCCGAGUGGCACCUCGCUUCUCCAUCCUGCCCGUCAGCCAUGAGAUCAUGCCCGGGGGUAACGUCAACAUCACCUGCGUGGCAGUGGGUUCGCCCAUGCCGUAUGUCAAGUGGAUGCAGGGGGCAGAAGACCUGACGCCCGAGGAUGACAUGCCGGUGGGCCGCAACGUCCUGGAGCUCACUGAUGUCAAGGACUCGGCCAACUACACCUGCGUGGCCAUGUCCAGCCUGGGGGUCAUAGAAGCCGUGGCUCAGAUCACAGUGAAAUCGCUGCCCAAGGCUCCCGGGACCCCUGUGGUAACAGAAACCACAGCAACCAGCAUCACCAUCACCUGGGACUCGGGGAACCCCGACCCUGUGUCUUACUACGUCAUCGAGUACAAGUCCAAGAGUCAGGAUGGCCCUUACCAGAUCAAAGAGGACAUCACUACCACGCGUUACAGCAUCGGAGGACUCAGCCCCAACUCGGAGUAUGAGAUCUGGGUGUCUGCCGUCAACACCAUCGGGCAGGGUCCUCCCAGCGAGUCCGUGGUGACCCGCACCGGGGAGCAGGCGCCAGCUAGCGCUCCUCGCAGCGUCCAGGGGCGGAUGCUGAGUGGCACCACCAUGAUCAUCCAAUGGGAGGAGCCGGUGGAGCCCAACGGGCAGAUCCGCGGCUACAGGGUGUAUUACACCAUGGAGCCGGACCAGCCGGUGAGCAACUGGCAGAAACACAAUGUAGACGACAGCCUCCUGACCACAGUCGGCAGCCUCUUGGAGGAUGAAACCUACACUGUCCGGGUCCUGGCCUUCACUUCCGUGGGAGAUGGGCCCCUCUCCGACCCCAUCCAGGUCAAAACACAGCAAGGAGUUCCUGGGCAGCCGAUGAACUUUCAAGCGGAAGCCAAGACGGAGACCAGCAUCAGAGUGUCGUGGAGCCCUCCCCGGCAGGAGAUUAUCGUGAAGUACGAACUCGGCUACAGGGAAGGAGAUCGCGGCAGGGAGGUGUUGAAGACCUUUGACCCGGCGACCUCGUUCACAGUGGAAGGUCUAAAGCCCAACACUGAGUAUGUCUUCCGGCUGGCUGCCCGCUCGGCUCUGGGCCUGGGGGCCUACACCCCGGAGGUCAGGGAGCGGACCCUGCAGUCUAAACCGUCUGCCCCCCCUCAAGACAUAAACUGCGUCAGCACCAGAUCCACUGCCAUUCUGGUAAGUUGGCGGCCUCCGCCGGCCGAGAGCCAAAACGGUGUCCUGGCUGAAUACAGCGUCCGCUAUCGAGCGCUGGACUCUGAGGACACGGAACUGAAGGAGGUGAAUGAUAUCCCCCCAACCACCAAUCAGAUCCUCCUGGAACAGCUGGAAAAGUGGACAGAAUAUCGCAUCACCGUGGUGGCGCACACGGAGGUGGGGCCAGGCCCGGAGAGCUCGCCAGUCGUCGUCCGAACAGACGAAGAUGUGCCCAGCGCCCCACCUCGCAAAGUGGAGGUGGAGGUUCUGAACUCGACGGCCAUCCAAGUGUUCUGGCGCUCUCCAGUCCAGAACCGCCAGCAUGGGCAGAUCCGUGGCUAUCAGGUCCACUAUGUGCGCAUGGAGAAUGGAGAGGCCAAGGGGUUGCCCCAGAUCAAGGAUGUCAUGCUGGCUGAUGCCCAGUGGGAAACAGAUGACACUGCUGAAUAUGAAAUGAUCAUUGCUGGGCUCCAGCCCGAGACCUCGUACUCCAUCACAGUGGCGGCUUACACCAUGAAAGGGGACGGCGCCCGCAGCAAACCCAAACUGGUCACGACUAAGGGUGCAGUUCCAGGGAAGCCCAUCCUGUCCGUGCAUCAGACUCAGGAGAAUUCUCUCCUGGUGAAAUGGGAGCCUCCCUUGGAUGCCGAGGGCCAGGUCAUGGGUUACCGGCUCCAAUUCGGUCGACAGGACAUAGAUCCCCUAUUCACCUUGGAGUUCACGGCCCAGGAGGAUAAGUACACCGCCACCAACAUCCACAAGGGCGCCACGUACGUUUUCAAGUUGGCCGUGAAAAGCCGGGCUGGCUUUGGGGAAGAGGCCGUGCAGGAGCUGACCAUCCCCGAAGACAUCCCCAAAGGUUACCCCCAAAUCCUCGAGGCGAGCAACAUCACCUCCAUGUCGGUCCAGUUCGGCUGGCUGCCCCCCGUGCUGGCCGAGAGGAAUGGAGCCAUUGUCAAGUACACCGUGGCCUACCGGGAAGCCGGUUCCCCCGGCAACCCCUUGGAAAAAGACCUGUCCCCCUCCCCCGAGAACUCAUACACGCUCAACGGCCUCAAACCCAACACCGCCUACGACGUUAAAAUCCGGGCUCACACCAGUAAAGGGCCUGGGCCAUACAGCCCGACCGUCCAGUAUCGGACGUUCCUACUGGACCAAGUUUUGCCCAAAAACUUCAAGGUGAAGAUGGUGAUGAAGACAUCCGUCCUCUUGAGCUGGGAGUUCCCCGAGAACUACAACUCUCCCAUCCCCUACAAGAUCCAGUACAACGAGCUGAACAUCGAUGUGGACGGCCGCACCACCAAAAAGCUUAUCACCAAUCUGAAACCCCGCACUUUCUACAACUUUGUCCUGACGAACCGGGGGAACAGCAUGGGCGGCCUGCAGCAGAACGUGGCGGCCUGGACAACCACUGACAUGCUGACCAAGAAGCCGGAGGUGACUCACAAGGCCGACGCGGAUGGCAACGUGGUGGUGAUCCUGCCGGACGUGAAGAGCUCGGUGCCUGUCCAGGCUUAUUACAUCGUGGUGGUGCCUUUAAAGAAAUCAAGGGGGGGCCAGUUCGUGAACCCCGUGAGCAGCCCCGAGGAAAUGGACCUGGAAGAGGUGAUUCAGGACAUCUCUAGGCUUCAGCGCCGGAGCCUCCGUCAUUCCCGGCAGCUGGAUUUCCCCAAGCCCUACAUCGCUGCCCAUUUCCGCACGCUCCCCUCCCACUUCAUCCUGGGGGACAUGAAACACUACGACAACUUCGAAAACAAAGCCCUGGAGCCGGGACACAAAUACGUCCUCUUCAUCCUGGCAGUGCUGCAGGACUUGGAAGCUACGUUCGCAGCUAGUCCUUUCUCCGACCCGAUCCAGCUGGACAACCCCGACCCGCAGCCAAUCAUCGACGGAGAGGAGGGCUUGAUAUGGGUCAUCGGGCCAGUCCUCGCCGUGGUCUUCAUCAUCUGCAUCGUCAUCGCCAUCCUGCUCUACAAAAACUCCCCGGACAGCAAGCCAGACAGCAAACGGAAAGACUCCGAGCCGCGGACCAAAUGUCUCCUGAACAACGCCGAGAUCACUCCUCACCACCCCAAGGACCCGGUGGAGAUGAGACGCAUCAACUUCCAGACUCCAGAUUCUGGUCUGAGCAGCCCUCUCAGUGACCCUGAGUUUGACUUUGAAAGUAUGCUCAACCACCCACCAAUCCCCAUCUCCGAGCUGGCAGAACACACGGAGCAUCUCAAAGCCAACGAUAACUUGAAAUUAUCCCAAGAGUAUGAGUCCAUUGACCCUGGCCAGCAAUUCACAUGGGAGCACUCAAACCUUGAAGUGAACAAGCCCAAAAACCGCUACGCUAACGUGAUCGCCUAUGACCAUUCCCGCGUCAUCCUGCUGCCCAUUGAAGGGAUUGUGGGCAGUGACUACAUUAACGCCAACUACAUCGAUGGCUACCGAAAGCAGAACGCCUACAUUGCCACCCAGGGGCCUCUGCCGGAGACCUUCGGAGACUUCUGGCGGAUGGUGUGGGAGCAGCGCUCAGCUACUGUUGUGAUGAUGACAAAGCUUGAGGAGAAAUCUCGGAUCAAGUGUGACCAGUACUGGCCAGGCCGGGGCACGGAGACCUAUGGGAUGAUCCAAGUGACCUUACUAGACACUAUUGAAUUGGCCACAUUCUGUGUUCGGACAUUCUCCCUUCACAAGAAUGGCUCCAGUGAGAAGAGAGAGGUGCGCCAAUUCCAGUUCACAGCAUGGCCCGACCAUGGAGUCCCUGAGUACCCUACCCCAUUCCUGGCUUUCCUGAGAAGGGUCAAAACCUGCAACCCUCCUGACGCUGGCCCGAUCGUAGUGCACUGCAGCGCGGGAGUCGGACGGACAGGCUGUUUCAUCGUGAUUGAUGCCAUGCUGGAGAGGAUAAAGCAUGAGAAGACAGUGGACAUUUAUGGGCACGUCACCCUCAUGAGGUCACAGCGGAACUACAUGGUCCAGACAGAAGACCAGUACAGCUUUAUACACGAUGCCUUGCUGGAGGCCGUCGCUUGCGGUAACACAGAGGUCCCAGCCAGGAAUCUCUACACUUACAUUCAGAAACUGGCGCAGAUAGAGGUGGGCGAGCACGUGACAGGCAUGGAGCUGGAGUUCAAGCGACUUGCCAACUCCAAAGCCCACACUUCCAGGUUCAUAAGCGCCAACCUCCCGUGCAACAAAUUCAAGAAUCGCCUUGUCAACAUCAUGCCAUACGAGACCACCCGCGUCUGUCUUCAGCCCAUCAGGGGAGUGGAGGGGUCAGACUAUAUCAAUGCCAGUUUUAUCGAUGGAUACAGACAACAGAAAGCCUACAUUGCCACUCAAGGGCCGCUGGCAGAGACCACCGAGGAUUUCUGGCGGAUGCUCUGGGAGAACAACUCCACCAUCGUGGUGAUGUUGACCAAGCUGCGAGAGAUGGGUCGGGAAAAGUGCCAUCAGUAUUGGCCUGCUGAGCGAUCAGCACGGUAUCAGUACUUUGUGGUGGAUCCCAUGGCUGAAUACAACAUGCCUCAGUAUAUCCUUCGAGAAUUCAAGGUUACUGAUGCCAGGGAUGGUCAGUCCCGAACCGUUCGUCAGUUCCAGUUCACUGACUGGCCCGAACAAGGUGUGCCAAAAUCAGGAGAGGGUUUUAUCGAUUUCAUUGGACAGGUGCAUAAGACAAAGGAACAGUUCGGUCAGGAUGGGCCAAUUUCUGUCCACUGCAGCGCCGGAGUGGGCAGAACUGGGGUGUUCAUCACACUGAGUAUCGUCCUGGAGAGAAUGCGUUAUGAGGGUGUUGUAGAUAUUUUCCAGACAGUUAAGAUGCUGCGAACACAACGACCAGCGAUGGUGCAGACGGAGGAUGAAUAUCAGUUCUGUUACCAGGCAGCUCUGGAGUAUCUGGGAAGUUUUGAUCACUAUGCAACAUAAAAAGCCAUCCGUCUUGCAGACUCUACCAACCACUUAAGUCCUGGAAGGCCUCUUCUGACCCAGGAGGAGUGCUUGAACUUACAAAACUGACUCCGAAGAAGUACCUUUUCAUUUGGACCAUGCAGUGGGGGAAGGAUUUGAAAGGAACACCCCUUCAGGAACUCCAUGUUGUAACCUGGAACGUGAAGAGGCAGCUCAGCAGGGUGCUGAAGGAUGAUUUUAAGUGGUGAACUGCUCCUGUUACCUCAAGUGGUGUUUGCUGUGUAGGGCAUAUGGAAAUGUGUGGACAUCAUCGAACGGAUCCAAAAGUUAAACACACCCCUUGUGAAACGUUACCACUGAAGGGAGCAGAGAGGGCUGGAGAAGAGCAGGACACCAGCUUUGGUUACAUCAUUAGAGUUCAGUUUAUUUACUAAUCUAGUUGGCAGUCUUUAAAGGAAGUCACUUGCAGAGUUGAAGGUGCUGUGUAAAAAUAAAUAAAUCUCAAUACUUAAGCAAAAUUAAGGUCAGGAAUACUUCUAGCUGGAGUUUUAAUAAACCUCAGUCUCAUCAUUGGGCUGAUUCAGGGCUUAUCAGCCCCUUGCCAACACCAUUCCCUCAAUGCCUCUGCUCCAUCCCCCCCAAUCUUUUGCAUACUUGGAACAUUCCUCCUAAUCCCCACAUUUAUUUUUUUAGGCUAUUUAAAGGGGAAAAGCGGCUGUGCUCUAGGGGUCCCCCGCCUGUGGGCGGUCAGGUAGAGACAGGCUCUUCCCUGGCUGGGUACAAUGACUGUUGGUUCUCUUCUCCCCUUUUCAGCUCAUCCAGACACACACACAGACGGGCGCUGCUUUGAAUGAGACGUGUUAGGAGACUGAGCUGUACAGAAAUAGGACUUUCCAUAUUAAACCACCCCCUCCUUCUGCACGCAGCUGCCGUUCCCCUGGAAGGG